CAUAGCCAUGGAGUUGUCACUCCCAAGUCUCGCCCUAUCAAAUUUCGCCUCGCUUCUUUAAACUGACGUUUUUACUUGUGUGGAAUAUCAAUACUUUUUUUUUCUCUAUGCCUCCCUCUCUCCGCCGUUGUGUUUCUUCCGGGACACCGGCGUCGGCGGCGGCGCCAACGAAGUUAGAGCCGGAUGCGGCAUUUGAAGCUGUGCCUUCAUUAGGAUACUAUUCGGGUCAAACCCGGGUUUUCUCGGAGCACGGCCUCGGAGUGGAUAAUCUGGGUGGAGCUAGGGUCGAAAUGAAGCGUACGCCUUUGGCGGUCUGCGAGUUCUCUGGAGUUAGGGUUAGUGGAAAGAAGGGAGUUGUCGUGUGCAGGAGGAGUAAGAGGUUAAUGAAUGCCGCUGAAACUGAUAUGGGGGCCGGAUUAUCAGGUCUGCCAAGUGAUUUAAGUGAGUGUACGAGUGGGAUGAGGCCAGGCUGUGAAAAUGUAAAAUCCAGUCCGUUGAAUGACUAUUGGGAUGGUAGAGUUGCAAUUUUUGGCCAGUCGGGAGCCAAGGGUUGUGCGGGUGAUGGGAAGGGAAAUGCUGAGGCAACCCGUGAUCAAGAAGCUGGGAACAUAAUGAGUAAUGAGGGAAAUUUGGUGAGUGUUUCCAGUGGAGAGUGUGGGAAGAUGGGUGACAAGGUGGAGGUGAUAGUCAAAGCAGAGUCAACAGCACUUGUGAAUAAUGGAGCGGGCGAGGUACUGCAAAGGCGUUUCACUCGGUCUAGUUUGAAGCGGAAGGUGGAAGUGGCACCCGAAAUGGGAAGCGUAGACGGGAAAGGGCUUGCUGAUGAUGCUGAGGUUUUGAAAGCCAAGGGUGGUGGUUCUACUGCCUUGGGUAGUCAUACAGAGAGGCUAGAGAUUGAAAUUUCCAAGAAGACCCAUCUAAAACAAAGACCAAAUACUGUUAGAGAGCUUUUCCGCACUGGUUUGCUGGAAGGAUAUGAUGUCUUCUACAAAGCAGGCAAAAGGGGAGUAUUGCUACGUGGAAUAAUUAAAGGUGUUGGAAUUCUGUGCUCCUGUGAGAUGUGCAAGGGAUCCAUAGUUCUCUCUCCUUGUAAAUUUGAGAUUCAUGCACGCAAGUCAUAUAAGCGUGCAUCACAGUAUAUCUUCUUUGAAAAUGGGAAGAGCCUGCUUGAUUUGGUGAAGGAAUGCAGGAAAUGCUCUUUAGAGACAUUAGAAGAAACAAUUCAGAGUUGUAUAGGGCUGCCUUGUUUACAAGAGAGUGAAGAAACCAAUCUGUGCCAGAAAUGCAAGGGGCCAUUGCUGGCAACAUCUGCUGCAAAACAUCCACUAUGUCAUCUGUGCUUGAUUGUUACAAGAUCAGAUGCUGAAGUGGGGACCUCUGAACCAGAUGAGAAGUUAAAUUCUUCUGCAAGUGUCAAAGUUGUUGCUUCUUCCAUGAUUAGUACUGAAGGGAGGAAAAAGAGAAAGACCUCUGACUCAGUUGAGAAGUUAAACUCUUCUGCACCUGUCAAAAUUGUCGCUUCUUCCGCUAUUAGUACUAAAGGGAGAGAAAAGAGGAAGGUCAUGUAUUUGGCUUCAAAUGGAGAGGCUUCUCUGAGAUUCUCAGCGCGUUUAUUGCCAACACAGACAAGUCAAUCAGAGAUAUCAAAGAGAAGGGUAACAAGACCACCAGAUGCUUCUAAAAGCAACAAGUUCAAAAUGAAGAUGGAUGGGCAGAAUCUGAAAAAAUUUUCCAGAUCCACUCCUGCUAUGAAGUUUGCAAAAAGCACUACAAGUACAACACAUACUCGUGUUCAAACCAAGAAUCAGUUGAAACUUACAAAAAAAGACCAAAAGAUGCAUUGGAUGGUCUUUGAGGAGGGAGGUCUGCCUGAUGGGUCUGAAGUAGGUUAUUAUUCUCAUGGAAAGAGGUUGCUUGUUGGCUAUAAAAAAGGAUUUGGCAUAUUUUGUACGUGCUGCAAUACUAAGGUCACCCCGUCACAGUUUGAAGCUCAUGCUGGCUGGGCCUCUAGAAAGAAACCCUACAUGUUUAUAUACACAUCUAACGGAGUGUCCCUUCAUGAAUUUGCUAUAUCUCUAUUAAAAGACCGCCAUAGUUCAGUUAAAGACAAUGAUGACUUGUGUAUUAUAUGUGCUGAUGGUGGCAAACUCGUGCUUUGUGAUGGAUGCCCAAGGGCCUUCCAUAAAGAAUGUGCCUGCUUGGACAGUGUCCCCAGUGAUAAGUGGUAUUGUAAAUACUGUGAGAAUAUGUUCCAGAGGGAGAAGUUUGUGCAAUACAAUGAUAAUGCUUUUGCAGCUGGAAGGGUGUCUGGUAUUGAUCCAAUAGAGCAGAUAACAAAGCGCUGCAUUCGUAUUGUUGAAAACCUGGAAGAAGCAAAAGUCAUUGCAUGUGUAUUGUGCAGAGGUUAUGAUUACAGCGGGUCUGGUUUUGGACCAAAUACAGUCAUAUUGUGCGAUCAGUGUGAGAAGGGAUAUCACAUUGGUUGCUUGAAAAAACACAAGGUGGCUGACCUCAAGGGACUGCCCAAAGGAAAAUGGUUCUGUUGCAUUGAUUGCAAAAGGAUAGAUUCAGUACUGCAGAAUUUGUUGAACUCUGAAGAAGAGAAACUGCCCAACACUCUUUCGGAUAUAGUAAGAGCUAAGGAAAUGAGUAAUGGUGUUCAUUCUAUUGGUGAAAUUGAUGUGAGAUGGAGGCUUCUAAGUGGCAAAAGUACUUCUCCUGAAGCCAGGGUUCUGCUUGUCGAAGCUGUUUCAAUUUUCCAUGAUUGCUUCAAUCCUAUCGUUGAUUCAGUAACUGGGCGUGAUUUUAUUCCCUCAAUGGUUUACGGGCGAAGGAGCAUUAGAUGGCAAGACUUCAGAGGCAUGCACUGUGCAGUAUUAACUCUAAACUCAACUGUAAUAUCAGCUGCUAUCUUCCGAGUUUUUGGCCAAGACUGCGCAGAAAUCCCUCUAGUGGCGACUCGUAUUGGAAGUCAGGGGAAGGGUUACUUUCAACUCCUAUUUUCCUGCAUAGAGAAAUUGCUUGCAUUUUUGAAAGUGAAAACCUGCGUUCUUCCAGCCGCCUAUGAUGCAAUGUCAAUAUGGACCAAAAAAUUUGGAUUCAAAGAGAUAUCUCCGGAGCGCCUUGCCGACUACAGAAAGAUUUGCUGGCAGAUGGUUAGCUUUAAUGGAACGUCUAUGCUUGAAAAAGAGGUUCCCAAAUGUAGAGUUAUUCGUCAAGACGCCAGAAGAGAGAUGUAAUUUGAUAUAGCCAAAGAGGGUUGUGAUUGCAAGUGUUGUUGAUCGAUACUGAGACAGAAGCAGAGCUGUAAAAGUGUGCAAAUUAGAAUGGGCAGACCAAAAUGUUUUCUGCCUUUUUUUUUUGUUUUUUGUUCUUAUGGCGACCCUCGUCAUGUAAAACGGCCAGUCAUUGGUGUCCUAAAAUAUGACAAUGUUGUACUUUGUGCUCAUAUAUGGCUAAGUCUUGAAAAACCCUCAUGCAAUAAUAGGCAAAUUAUAUU